GGGGGCGGGGGGAGGUGGGGGGGCGAAUCCGGAAGUCAACAACAUGUCGAGUCGGCACCAGAGCCGAAUUGCAGAUUUCCAGGAUGUCCUGAGGGAGCCCAAAAUUGCCCUGGGGAAGCUUCGAGAACUCAGUUUCAGUGGGAUCCCUUGUGAGGGUGGACUGCGCUGCCUUUGCUGGAAGAUUCUUUUGAACUACCUCCCCUUGGAGAGGGCCUCAUGGACCUCCAUCCUGGCCAAGCAGAGGGAGCUGUAUUCUCAGUUUCUGAGAGAAAUGAUCAUUCAGCCUGGCAUAGCCAAAGCUAACCUGGGGGUAUCUAGAGAGGAUGUCACUUUUGAAGACCACCCACUCAAUCCGAACCCUGAUAGUCGGUGGAACACCUACUUCAAGGACAAUGAGGUGUUACUGCAGAUAGACAAAGAUGUAAGGAGGCUGUGCCCUGACAUAUCCUUUUUCCAGAGGCCUACAGAUUACCCAUGCCUCCUCAUCCUGGAUCCUCAGAAUGAAUUUGAAACCCUCCGAAAGCGGGUGGAGCAGACUACAUUGAAAUCACAAACAGUGGCAAAAAACCGGAGUGGAGUCACCAAUAUGAGCUCACCUCAUAAGAGCCCAACCCCAAAUUCACUUAGUGAGUAUCAAGUGCUGCCCAAUGGUUGUGAAGCCCAUUGGGAAGUGGUGGAGCGGAUUCUGUUCAUCUAUGCGAAGCUGAAUCCAGGCAUUGCUUACGUCCAGGGUAUGAAUGAAAUCGUGGGGCCUCUCUACUACACUUUUGCCACGGAUCCCAAUAGUGAAUGGAAAGAACACGCCGAGGCAGACACAUUUUUCUGCUUCACCAACCUGAUGUCUGAGAUCCGGGACAACUUCAUCAAGAGCCUGGAUGACUCUCAGUGUGGCAUCACCUACAAGAUGGAAAAGGUGUACUCCACCCUGAAGGAGAAGGAUGUGGAGCUCUACUUGAAGCUGCAAGAGCAAAACAUCAAACCACAGUUCUUUGCUUUCCGAUGGCUGACGCUGUUGCUGUCCCAGGAGUUCCUGCUUCCUGAUGUCAUCCGUAUCUGGGAUACCCUCUUUGCUGAUGACAACCGAUUUGACUUCCUCCUCCUCGUCUGCUGUGCCAUGUUGGUAUUGAUCCGGGAGCAGUUAUUGGGAGGGGACUUCACCUUGAACAUGAGGCUGCUUCAGGAUUACCCCAUCACAGAUGUUCAUCGCAUCCUACAGAAAGCCAAGGAACUCCAGGACUCAAAGUAGGCUGGUAGCAGGGAGGCUCAGGACUCCAACUAUGUAAGAAAAGACCUUGUGGUCAGAGCUGAAUCUGUGUCAGCCCUUGGAGACUCCCAGAUGCCCCUGCUUUGCCUGAAGCUGUUGGGGCAGUAGAGUUCAAGCUGAUUGAACACCCUGCUCCAGGAGUCACUCAUCCACAUGACCCAAUCAGCACCUCCGAAGCAGCUCCAUUCUUUUAUAAUUGUAUUUUAUUUUCCUAGUUUGA